AUCAGUUGGUCCUCCCCGCACUCAACCCUAAUGUCCAUCUAACCCCCCAACUUUGCCAUCCAGGCCAUGUCGGAUCCUGCUCUUCACAAUCCCCUAUCUAGCAACUCGCGAUGCGAAGAGUCAAAAAGUCCCGCAACGGCUGCGCCAGAUGCAAAAGUAAACGAGUGAAAUGCGGAGAGGAAAAACCGCAUUGUAGCCGCUGCAUCCGUAUAGGUGUUCGCUGUCCGGGCUACGUUCAGUCCUUACGCUGGGUCACUAAACACGAGCAACUCAGUCCGGGCGCAUUAUCAGAUGGCAGGGUUGACAGUCCCGAGGCGUCGGCGAAACCGGCUAGACAGCCAUCACAGCAAGCCGACGAUGAAUUGCCGUUAGAGGAUGCCAAUGCUGGCCAGUCACAGAAUCUGGAUUCAUCAAACUUUGGUCUUGAUGCACCAAAUGGACUCUGCGAUCAUCUCUGGGAUCUACCCGGUAAUGGAUCACUGCCUGAAUUGACGGAUCUAUGCCCGCCUUCGCCGAUGACGGCGUCGGUGUCGGCUUUUUCACGGCGCGACUCGGUAUAUGACCUUGGGUCAACGGGGGAUACUGCAGCUGAUAUAUCCCAUUUUCUAUCCCUGAUAGGACCACCACAAAGCAAGGACAAUGGUGACAACGGCAACGGCAACGGAAGCGUAUAUCGAGACUUUUCGCCCUCGGCUAUUGUCCGUAGCUAUCCCCCGUCAUCACGGACACAGCGAUCUCCACCGCGUGACUUUGCAACUAUAUCUCGAUCUUUGAACAAUCCUUCAUGGACACUCAUCGAGUACUACUUCAAAGAGGUUGCCGCCCUCUUUUCCAGCUAUGACAGUCAAAUGAAUCCGUUCCGCACGACAGUGUCCCGACUGUGGGGUUCAUCACUGGCCAUGUGCCGUACGAUGCAAAGCAUGGCCGCAGCAACCCUAGUCAACGACUUCCCACAAUUCGGUCCAAUGGGUCGGAAAAUGCGUGACGAAGCCGUUGAAAUCAUCACUCGGGAGGCAGUCAUGGAUGACAAGGCUCUGCUCGCAUUACUCAUGCUAGGCCAAACGGCUAGCUGGCAUGACUCCAAGGAUCUGGGGAUAUCCUUCUUCAACUUGCUUCGGAAACAUGUCAAUUCCAUCUCCUCGCCUUCGAACAGUCCCAACUUUGGCUUCGUCAAAGACGUCAGCAACAACUACCGCUUCUUCGAAGAGGCUCUCAUCUACUGGGAAAUGCUCCUCUCCUUCGUCACGGACAACGAUUCAAUGGUCUUCUCGGAUAACUCACGCGCCUCGUCAAUGGGCGAAGCACUCGUCCUCCAACGAAUCCCACACCCAUGGACCGGCAUCGCGCGAGAUACACAAUUCACCGUCCACGAAGUGGGCCGAUUAGUCCGUCGCGAGCGGAAACGCAUUCGCGCCCGACAUUUCACCUCACAAGACGAAGUCGCCCGCGCGCAAAUGGCUAUUAAAAAGGCACAAGAACUGGAAGAACGACUACUAGGUCUAGCCCAUCCAUCCGAGUCCGAGAUCGUCAGUCCCGGCGACGAAGAAACGCCCGUCUGGCAUCUCCUCACUAUGGCAGAGGUAUACCGCUGCACGGGGUUGAUGCAGUUAUACCGUGUCUUCCCCGAUCUCCUGCGCAAUCGUCUCCCAAACCCGAAUCCAGAUGCAGCGCAGUAUCCCAGUACGGGGUCAAGUGCUCGAGACCCAUUCUUCCCCAUCGACCUCGACAGCAUGAACAUAUUCCCCGGGUUCGGCGAGGGCAAUUCCACUCCCGCGGCAAACAACAACACCAAUCCGUCAACCACCCAAUACACACCUUCCUCCGCUUCGCAAGAUACAUUUACCUCUCCCCACUCCCGGUCGCAGUCGCAGUCGCAGGCUCACUCGCAGUCCCAUCAUCCCACAUCCCAAGAACCCUCUAGCCAAGAUCUCUACGAUCAAUGGCUCACCGAAUUCGCCGUCACAACCCUCUCCCGCCUGAAAACUAUCCCCUUCGAAUCCCGCACCCGCUGUCUCCAGCCUUUCCUACUCGUCGCCUCGUGCAGCGAACUUCGUCUUCCACAACCCUCGUCUGACUUCUUGCCUACCAACAAUGCACAGCAACGGCAGCGGCGGCAUGGCACUGACGAGAAUGCUGACGUCGACGCCGACGCUGACGGAGCUUCUACCGAAUCACCAAGUAUCUCAAUGGAGGCUAUCGAAGUCUCGCGUACACGCCGCUUCAUACUAAGCCGACUAACGUCGUUCAUGCACGUGUUGCCGCCGAAACCGAUUAAUGUUUGUGUAAGGCUUGUGAAGGAGGUAUGGAGGCGGAUGGAUGCGGGGCAGACGGAUACUUAUUGGAUUGACGUUAUGAUUGAGAAGGGGUGGGAGACGACGAUGGGGUAGGAUCGUGCAUGGAGAAUGAUGUUCAACACUGUAUACCAGCUCACUCUUCAUAUACACACUAAGCACAAAUCAUACCAAAAAGGGAUUAUAUUAUUUAUUGUAUGGGAUGCAUAAGCAGCCCUACCUAUUCGUCAAGCACACACACCUGCGCCAGACAUGCUCGUGCCAAAUGAGAAACCGAGAGAGGAAAUGCAGAACGUAAAAUCAAAACAAGAGGAAUAAGAAGGAGGUAAAGCAGACUGCCCAAGAGUAGAGACACUCGCACGUAAACGAAACGUGAUCUCACAACGCUCAAUUCUCGAACAUAUUUCAUGAAAAAGGUGGGGUGUAUAAUGCAUAGGGUUGAUAAAUGUGUACAGAGAAUGAGAAAUGAAGAGUCGAGAAAGAAGGUGGAGGACUCAAGAAGUUUCCAAUCCUUCAUGAUCGUCCUGAAGUUAUCGGAUGGGAUAGUGAAGGCGGGGCGUAAGCAAAUGCGGAGGCCAAAGGAAAGGGCAUAAGCAAUAGAAGUAAAGGAAGCGAAAAGCGAUUACGCAUCACAUUGACCAAGUCAUUGCGUAGCGCGCUUCCAGAACUUCCAUCCCUCGUGCUGCUCGUGGCACCCAACACCCACCAAUUGCUCAAUGCCCUCGGGCCCCUCGGCAGUGUCGAAUUUCUGCUGGUCAAUCUCCACGCCGCCCUCCUCAUCGGAGCCUUUACGCAGCACGGCAGGAUACAGAACGCCAACACCAUCACCACCGAGUGUAGUCUCGUACUUGGUAAAGCCCUCAGUGGCCAGUUUCUGCUCCAAAUCGCGAACGACCUCGGGCUUGGCGUCCGGUCGGAGGAGGGUGAUUGCACAACCACCACCACCGGCACCGGUCAACUUAGUCCAGCCAAUGUUGGCGUAGUCAACGAGUUCGCGGAUCCGUUCCAGGCGCGGGUGCGACACACCCAGAGAGACGAGGAAACCAUGGUUGAUCCGGAUCAGGGUGCCAAAGUGUUCGAGGGUCUCCUCGGAGUCACCCACGAAAUCGGGGUCCUGGAGAAGACGCUGUGCAGAGCCGGUGACCUGGUCAAUGGCAUCGAGAAUGGACUCGGUCACCACGGGAUGAGCCUUCUUCAGCUCGCCCACCUUGGCAACCUCGGUCAGGGUCGAGCGCGAUUGCCGCGUGUCAACCAGGAGGAGGGGCAAUUCGGGGAAAUUGGGAAGCGAGAUGACCGUCGGCGGCUUGGUGUAAUCUGCGCGCUUGAAGAUCAAGGCCUUGCCGCCCGCGGACACCGUGUUGUCCACUCCGCUGGGGUUUCCAUGAAUACAAAGCUCGCCGACAAAGGCCCAGCGAUUGAUGCGCUCGAUCUGGGUCUCGGCCUCCUGGCUCGGCUGGUCUGGAUGCGGGCCUGAAAGGGUGCGAAUCUGAAGGAGGAGCGCGGCACUCAGGCAGACGCAUACACUGGCGCUGCUGCCCAGGCCGGCCCCGGUGGGGAUGGUGGAGCGAAGGGUGUAGAUGGCGCCUGGGCUUUGCGGGGAACCCAGGGAGAGGAAGAGGUAGAGGAAGGACGAGGCGGAGCGGAUGUGGAUUUUGCGCUGAUCUUCGGGGAGAUGUUUGGAGACGACUCCGACGUGGGGUUGAAUGGCCUCGACCAGCUCGGGGUCGAGCUCGGUGACAAGAUCGUAGUAGAACUUCUUCUUGGACGGCUGCUGGAAGACAUCCCAAGGGAGGGCAUCGAUAUUCCAGGUAUGGCUGAGUCCCAGAUCGCGGAAAUUCAAGGUAACGGUGCGCUGAGAUUUGGAGAGGGUCGUGACAAGGAGGUAGGAGCGGAGGGAGAUGGCAGCGGCCAAGGCAGCCUUGCUGUGAACCACGGCGUGUUCUCCAAAGACGAUGACUUUGCCAGGUGCCGACACCAUAAAGGCCGGGGCCAUUGGUGAGGAAGCCUUGCGAGACAUGUUGGGUCGUCGUGAUUUCGUGUGGUUUACCUUGUGGGAGGAAGAGGAGACGCUGCUGUCGGAGGACUGAUCGAGCGAGUCUGGGUCGAGACCGUUGCCAUUCACCCGGGAGCGGUCUGGCAAUCCGUUCUGUAUAUCGAAAUGGGCAACUGGGCGUCGUGGAUUCUGAUUGUGACUGUUUGCACCUCUCAAACUGCCAUUAAGUCGACGCGUGCCGGUACUGGCUGACAUGGCCGAGUUGAAGAUUCAGGGGUGGGGUGGGGGGGGAAAGAGAGGCGGAGGUAGGGAAAUCUUGGGAGGGAAGGAAUGGAACGUAAGGGGGGGGGAAAUAACAGAGUCGCUAUAUGGACAUGGACAUGGACAUGGACAUAGUACGGACCAGAACGAUAGUAAUGGAUCUCAAUGGAGGAAAGGACGAGUGCUGCGAUUUACAGAGUAGCGUCGAGAACACGCUCCCACCAUCACAGCCACGCUAAACUACACUCCAGGAAUCACCGUCCGCUGGAAAUAUACCCUGGACCACACUCCACUACGUCCAAUCAUGGGCGCCAGAAUACCAAUUGGUCAUCAGCCCGCUUUUCUUUGGAUGGAUUUCAG